AAAAAUUGAUCAAUUACCACAAAAUAAACACACCAACCAUUUCAAUUUCUCAAUCUCUGUUUUCAUCAAUUACGUUACAUCUUUCAAUAUGGCUGAAGCGCUUGUGGAGAUUGUGUUGGAACAAUUUGCUUCAAUCAUUCGUCAACAGGCGGAAGAAGGGAUAAGUCUUAUUGCAGGUGCUGAGCGAGAAGUUGAGAAGCUUCAAAGCAACUUCUUGUCCAUUCAAGCUCUGCUUGCUGAUGCUGAGAACCGACAGGUGAAGGAGAACGCUGUGAGAGUUUGGUUAGCCAAGCUGAAAGACGUGUCUUAUGACAUUGACGAUGUGUUGGAUGAGUGGAACACCAAGCUUCAGAAAUUGAAGAUUAAGAAAGCUGAAGAUGCUUCUAAUCCUCUGAAAAAGGUACGUGCCUUCAUUCUUCACUAUCUCGGUUGUAGGCCAUUGGUUAUGCGUUAUGACAUUGGCAUCAGGAUAAAAGAUCUUGAUAGAAAACUUGAUAUUAUUGCUGUGGAGAGAGAGAGGUUCAACUUUAGAUCAAUCACCAAAGGUAACAAAGAAGUAGAACGACAAAUCACUACCUCUGCUAUUGAUUUCACAGAGGUUCGAGGAAGAGUUAAAGAUAAGAAUUCAUUAGUUGAUUUACUCUUGAGUCAAAGUAGUCAACAACAAGUCCUCCCCAUAAUCUCUAUAGUUGGAAUGGGAGGAAUCGGCAAGACAACUCUUGCUCGAUUAGCUUUUAAUGAUGAAAAGGUGAACAACCAUUUUGAUAAAAAAAUAUGGGUGUGUGUUUCUGAGCCUUUUGAUGAGCUUAGGAUUGCAAAAGUAAUCCUUGAAUCUCUCACAAACAAUCCAUCUCAAUUAGUUGGAUUAGAAACUUUAACGCAAAACAUAGGUCAACAAAUUGAAGGAAAGAAGUUUCUUCUUGUCUUAGAUGAUGUAUGGACUGAAAAUCCUGAAAAUUGGGAAAGUUUAAAAAAUACUCUCAAGUGUAAAUCUCUAGAAAGUAGAAUUUUAGUGACCACACGUAAGGAGAAUGUUGCAAAUGCCAUUGGAACCAGCAACAUAAUCUCACUAGGGAUACUUCCUGAGGAGGAAAGUUGGUCCUUGUUUUGUCAACUUGCAUUUUCUGGAAAAACCAAUAGAGAGUUCGAAGAAAUCGGUAAAAAAAUUGUUAAAAAGUGUAAAGGUUUGCCUCUUGCUGUAAAGACUUUAGGUAGUCUUUUACGCUUUAAAAGAAAAUUUGAAGAGUGGGAAAAUGUCUUAAAUAGUGAAAUAUGGGAAUUAAAAGAGCUAGAACAGAGGAUUUUUCCACCUCUAUUAUUUAGCUACUAUGAUUUGUCCUCUAUCUUGAAGAAAUGUUUCUCAUAUUGUGCUAUUUUUCCAAAGGAUUAUGUAAUACAAAAAGAUGUAUUGAUCAAGUUAUGGAUGGCACAAGGUUAUUUAAGGUCAGACGCAAAUAAGGAUAUGGAGUUAGUUGGCGAAGAGUAUUUCGAAAUUUUAGCAAUGCGUUCUUUCUUCCAAGAUUUUCAAAAAAAGGAAGAUGAUAUUGAUAUACGUUCUUGCAAGAUGCAUGAUAUAGUACAUGAUUUUGCUCAAUUUCUUACCCAAAAUGAAUGCUAUACAAUAAAGGUUGAUGGUACACGAGAAAUUGAAUUAGUAUCUUCUUAUGGUAAAGUUAGACAUUCAAUGAUAAAGAUUCAAGGUGAUGCCUCCUUUCCUAGCUCUAUUUAUUCUAGAAAUACUUUUCUACGUAGCAUUGUGGUUGAUUGUAAUUACAAUACUGACCCUCAGAUAGUUUUGUCCAAAUUAGUUGAUCAGUUUACAUGUCUAAGGUCAUUAUCUUUGAAUGACUGCUCAAUUAAAGAAAUUCCUGUGGAAAUAAAAAAAUUAAAACACUUGAAGUACCUUGAUUUGUCUGCGAAUUAUGACAUAAAAGAAUUGCCUGAGACAUUGUGUGGGUUAUAUAAUUUACAAACCUUAGACAUCACUUUAUGUGAGAGUCUCACAAAACUACCACAAGGGAUGGGAAACUUAAUCAACUUGAGACAUUUGUUAAAUUGGGGGACUAAUAGUAUUAGUUACAUGCCAAAAAGUUUGGAGAGAUUAACUGGUCUACGAACAAUAAGAAGAUUUGUUAUAAGUGAGGGCAGUUAUGGUAGUGAAGCAUGUUCUAUUGAAUGUCUAAAAAAAUUCAAUCCCCUUCGAGAACUUCGCAUGGAAGGGUUGGGAAAUUUGAGAGAUGUGGAUGAGGUUAAGGGAAUAGAAUUAAACAAUAAGAAAAAAUUGCGUUAUUUGAGGGUGGGCUUUAAGGGGAGGAUGAAUGCGGAGCAAAAUCAAGAACUUCUUGAGGAGUUGCAACCACCUCCAAAUUUAGAGAUAUUAAGGCUAAGAAAUUAUGGAGGCAACACUAUUUUCCCUAAUUGGAUGAUGUCAUUGACCAAUUUGAGAAAGUUAAAUCUUUAUGAUUGUAUAAACUUUGAGCAUCUACCUCCUUUGGGUAAGUUGUCGUCCCUUGAAGUUCUUGGGAUAGAUGGAAUGAAGAGUGUGAAAAGAGUGGGUAAUGAGUUUUUGGGAAUAGAGAGUGGUGCCACUUCAUCAUCUUUAUCAAUUAUUGUGUUUCCCAAAUUGAAAUUUCUACGCUUAUGGGAGAUGCAAGAAUGGGAAGAAUGGAAUUACGAGAUUACAAAGAGGGGAGAUGAAGACAUUACAGUCAUGCCAUCUCUUCAGACCUUGGUAGUUCAUUCCUGCCCCAAAUUGAAGUUUCUACCAAACCACCUUUAUCAAAUGACAAGGUUGAAGAAGGAAAUUAGUUAUUGUCCUCUUCUCUUAAGAACGGAGACCAAUAGCUGAUUAUCAUCCUCGCCUGAUACUGAUUAAGUUCUCUCAAAUUAUCAACUUCAACACUAAUUUUUCUUUAAACCACAGGGUUUCUCUUAGAGUGAAGAACUUAAGUAAAUUGAUAGCUCACCAUCACCUCCUCCAGUUUUGACCACCAUCUCCAAGUCUUAACUUCAACUUUGAUUCUUCAAAGGGACAAUCUUGAUCAAUCCACAGAAUGGUAUUAUGUUUUGAUCCCAUAAACAGAGGAUAAAUUAUUACUGGGCCCUUGUAAAGAAUUAGUUGGGCCAGUUAUCAGACUCUCCCAACUCUAUUUCUGGGCCACGUACAUGAUAUGCUGGAAUCAGAAUGCAAUGCAAUUUAUAAAAAUGCUACAAUCGUGAUCAAUUCACGGAUAAGAACAGUGAAAGUGAGCAAUGUUUCAUUAGGUGCAUCCGAGCAAGAUAUAAAGGAGUUAUUUUCCUUUUCUGGGAAAAUUGAACAUGUUGAGAUGCACAGGUUUGUUAUAUAUGAAAUCCAAGUUUUAUUACCGUCCUUUAUUAUUUUCUGGGGAAAUUGAACAUGUUGAGAUGCACAUUUGGAGUUCCAUUAACAGCAUAUUACGUUUCUUUUAUCGUGAUGCCAUCAUUCCUUUCAUUAUUAUCCUUUGGAAAUUAUCUCAUGCUAUGUUCUGUUUUCGGAUCUCAUGCAAGCAGUGUGACGAAGCUCCAUUAACUAUUUAUGCAUGGUUUUCUUAAGGGUGAUGUCUAAGUAAUUGGGCUAAUGGUAUUUUCUAUAACCAGCAUUUAAAUCUUUGUACAUUUUUGUUAUUGUUCCUACAUAUCACAAUUAAAUGUUAGAGGAGUAGUUAAUUGAUUUGUUGACUGAUUUAGCUGUUUGGAAAAUGAAAGACAAAAUAGAACAAGUGAUUAGAUGGUGUCACUUAUUGCUGACAUUUCUGCGGAGUAUGAUAGCCAUAUCCUUCUUUUCCAGUAAGCAGAAUUCUUUUAUGUUGAUGAUGGUUUGUUCCAUAUAUCUUUUUGUUAUUAAGUUAUCAGAAGGCUUUUCUCCUAUUAUUGAAACUUUUUUGAUAUCUCACACUUGAUGCAGUAAAGCAAGUUCAACAUAUAAUGAUUUUCUUCAAGAAUCAAUUUCAAACAAUAGUGAACCACACAAGCUUGGUAGAAUUAGCUCUCUUUUUCUUUUGUCUACUCAACGAUGUCUGUCCAACAGGUACUUUCUUUGUCAUUUGUUUAUGGUUUAGCUGUCAUUUCUAAUCUAAGCAACAAUCUUUAAUCUGGAAAACAGAAAAUGUUUGUUCUGAAGACUUAUCCAGUCACUUUUUGGUUGUCACCUAUAAAGUUACAUCAUGGUGACGGGAUGCUCUUGAAAAUUAACUAUUCAAUUUGACCACAUUGAUGUUGUAUGUCAUCAAGAAGUUUGAUGUAUAUUGAAGAUAAGAUAACAAUUACAUUUUAAAGAGAAAACAAUGCAUCUUACCAUUAAUUUGUGGUGAUUAAUAUUUGCUGAAGAGGGAUCAUUAACUUACAGAUACUGCUUAAAUGGUGUCAUGAAACCAAGAAGUGGUUGAAUAUUGGCUCAAAUUUGGCAAAUUCUUCAUUAAAGACAUGUUGGUUUUUCCUCUUUAUAAGCUUAUGCAAGUGCUGGUUUAUUUUAUUUGGAGAAAUGCAUAGUCUCUAUAGGUGUUCACUGGCUAUUGCUUUAUUAUAUGUUUAGGUGUUGGUUCUGUAACUGUGGCUAAGCCUUCCUCUCUCUCUAAUUGCUGCAUGCUAUAGAUUAAAUUAAGACAGCCUAGUCCAAAUUUGUUGAAAUCAUUAGUCGUUGUAUUUCUUCGGCAACUAUAAAUGCAAUCAACAAGUUAUCAAUGCAUCUUAACCCUAAAUUUCACAUCUGGAGUUCUGACUGCAUUAAAAGACUUGUCGAUGACUUCCUGACCAUGUGUAGGUAUUUCAUCUUUCAAUUGUUUUGCUCAUAGUCAGGGACAGUCAAUUUCGCUUUAAGAAUACCUAUGCUUUAGAUAUUCAUACGUAUUCUGUUAUUUAUGUGAAUUGCGGUCAUGAUGUUAUAGUCUAGCAGACCAUGGAGUCCAAAAGAAUGAAUGAGAUAGGAGAAUUGCAAGCAGGUAAGAGAAGUAGUUAAAGUAGUUAGUUGUUAUUUUAAUUUACUAGUAGAGAAAUUUUUGAAUGAAAUUUCAUAUUGCUCAUUGGAAAUAGAAACAUAUUUUAAUCUUUUUGGAUUCUAUCAUCUUCUUUCUAGUUUUUCACUGAUUAUAUAUGUUCAGCCUUUUGUGGAUGCACCUAAGGUGUUAUCCAAUUAAGCAUAUCAGCCCGGAAUUUCAGCCUAACUGUCAUCAACAAGCGUUGUCUUUAUGAAGAGUCCUAUGAAUGAUUAUUUGGCAGAAUCCUUUUGCAUAGGUACUUCGUUUUUAAUGUUGUACUACAUAUUGAUGAAUAAUGAUCUUGAAUCUUCCUUUUAUGAGAAAUCACUGUUAUAUAUGACAAUAAACUAGCUCUAUAAGUUUUAUUAGUUAGUCAUAUUCUUCUAUUUCCUGUAAAGAAUGAAGCUUUCAAGUCCUUUGUUUUUAAGGAAAAAUCCAUUUCCUGUCUGCAUUUCGGUAGACAUAUUUCAGAUCAUGUUUCCAAAGUAGCAAAAAACUGUUUUGCUUAAAAUCCAAGUUUAAAUUAUUCUUCUGUCAUGUUAUCUCAUGAACACAAGGUAUCUUCUGAAGGAGAUAUAUACCAUAUGACAACAAGAUGUGCCCAGUCAAAUUGAAUGUUUAUUUUUCGGAACCUGGUCUUGCAAUGAUUUAAAUCCAGAGAGUGGUGGUAAAGCAUGUAGAUGGAUAUCAUCGAAUCGUGAUAUGGAGCUCGAUUGCCGUCUGAUUGUUCUGAGUUUUGGAUAUGUUGUUCAUGAGACACAGCUCUACAUUCUGAACAGUGGAGAUUGAAAUCCAAGCACUGUAAGGCAGUUAAUUGUGGAUAGACCCCGAAAAUGCAGUUUUUGUGUCUUUUGGGAUUAUUCUCUCCAUAAAUUGUGAUAUUUUGUUCCUGUUUUUGCUGAGAUUGUUGGUGUUGGAUUUGUUAAGUUUAUGAUGUUUGUAUGCCUCUAGUUUGCACUAGAGAAGACUUUGUAUUCCCAUUUUUGGUGAUAGUGAAAGACUUUAAUUGGACUACGGUCCGUGGUUUUUACUCCUCACAUCGGGGAGGUUUUCCACGUAAAAA